AUGAAACAUACAGAAGAAGAAUGCGAUUCAGAACCAGAAGCUGUCACUGAAAAUCAGAGCAUUGGUUCAAGUAGCAAAAAUGACAUUCUAAAAGGCAGAAGUUUUUUUCCUUAUGUCGUACCGUCUCAGAAUAUUCCUAAAAGAAGCUCUGAUAAAGAAGUACCAUUAGCCCAAAAAAUAAAAUCAAUUGCUCGAGAAAAUAGGGCUGAUAUUAGACACAGGAAAAUAGUGGAAUCAAAUAAAGAGCUUGGACUUGCUAUUGAGAAUGAACAAACUAAAUUUGAAGAUGGAUUUGAGGACAAUAAUAUAACUGAUAACAACAGUCAUCUUCAUGUCAUGACUUCAUCGACACAAGUCAAUUUAGUGGAUUACAGAAAUUAUCAUUCCCGAGAAGAUUGGAGUAUAGCUGACAUUAUUUGUGAUAAAGAACCUUUGGAAUAG